AUAUCCAAAUCAGAAUGUUUGCAACACCUCUGCGUCAGCCUGCGAGCAGACAAGUGCAAUCCUCACCAGCUUCUCAAUUUUACGAGAUCACCGAUAAAGGCUAUGGCAAGGAUGCAGUUAAGCUGAUGCACGUCAGCCGUAAGGGUGCCGUGCAUUCCAUCCAAGAGUGCGAAGUGGGCACCCAUCUCAAACUCUACACCAACAAGGACUUUCUUCAGGGUGACAACAUUGAUAUUGUAGCCACCGAUUCGCAGAAGAACACAGUCUAUUUGUUGGCUAAGAAAUAUGGUUUUGAAAGUCCUGAGAAGUUUGCCCUAAUCCUUGCAAAGCAUUUUCUGAACAAAUAUUCGCAUGUCGAGGAAGCGCAUGUACAUAUUGAAGCCUAUCCAUGGAAACGAAUUCGCGAGGAGUAUGGCGAUAGUUAUCUGCUACAUAACCACGCCUUUCUUUUUACGCCCACUGCGACGCAUUUCUGCGACGUAAUUGUGAAACGUCAUGAUCCCAAGCAAACUGUUAUCAGUGGAAUCAAAGGCCUACGUGUUCUAAAAACAACUCAAUCGUCGUUUGUCAAUUUCGUGGACGAUGAAUAUCGCACUCUGGCCGAUCAACAUGAUCGAAUCUUCAGCACUGUUGUGGAAUGCACUUGGGAGUAUUCAGAUAUUGAGAAUCUCAAUUUCAUCAAUGCCUGGGAGUCCGUCAAAGACAUUGUGCUUAAGAACUUUGCCGGAGAUCCAAAAGUGGGCAUCCCCUCGCCCUCAGUGCAGCACACUCUCUAUCUCACUGAGAAACAGGUUCUGGAUACUCUUUCUCAAGUGGCAGUUAUCUCCAUGUGUUUGCCUAAUAAGCACUACUUUAAUUUCGAUACGAAACCAUUCCAACAGUUAGUUCCCGGCGAUAAUGAUGAGGUGUUCAUUCCUACCGAUAAGCCACAUGGCACAAUCUACGCCAAGCUAUCGCGCAAGGAUCUGAAAAGUCAUCUUUAAGUAGACCAACAAAUUUUAGUUUCUUUUUAAAAUUUUAAAUAACUUUUUAUGCAAUAUAUGUAUAUAACAGAAUUUAGAACAAACUAUAAAUGAUUUAAUACAUCCAUCAAUGAUGU